UUGGAUAUGGCAGCCAGGCAGUCCGCUGUUUGCCUUGCUGAGGCACGGGCCGUUCCUCCUCGGCCGAGCCCUAAACGUAUUAUUUGGAAUAAGACUACGACGACUACGACGACUACGACGACUACGACGACAAGGACGACGACAAGGACGACGGCUACGAAUACGAUAACAACGACAACUACGACGACCACGAAAACAACAGGGACGAGGGCUUUAACAACGACGAAACGCAAUAUAAAAGAUUUAUUUAUAUCGACGACGAAAAUCGACGAAUUGUUUUUCGGUAAUAAAAGUCCCUCGAGGAAGGGCACGGUGCACGCGAUAGACGCGUGGAUUUCUGGUUCCGCGUACUGUGUUGGAGCCACGCUCCCCGGGUGCGGCAUGCUAAACAAUAUCUCACCCGGCGGUUCCGUACACGGUAUUCCCGGAACGAAGGACCUUCAUACUCAAGAUUUAAAACGUCACGAGAAGUUGGACGGGGUAUUAAGAGUGAACUUGGGCAGCGGACUGUCUACUGGUGGUGGCCUGCUUCAUCAGGAAUUAAUCAUGACUAUGCCUGGCGCAGGAAGCGCAACGGCGAUUGGACAAGGAGAUGAAAAGCCAGUUAAGCAAAAACGACAUCGGACGCGUUUUACACCGGGACAAAUUAAUGAACUCGAAAAGUGUUUUUCGACGACGCAUUAUCCUGACAUCUUCCGUCGCGAAGAGAUCGCUGGUAAAAUCGGCCUCACCGAGAGUCGCGUCCAGGUAUGGUUUCAAAAUCGUCGAGCAAAAUGGAAGAAACGUAAGAAGACGACUAACAUGUUCGGUGGUACUGGUACGUUGCUACCGUCGCAUGGUUUGCCACCAUUCGGGCCAAUUGGUCCGGAUCUAUGCGGAACUGCGAUGUUUCAAGCACCCGCGGAGAGAUGGGGAGUGAGUACAGGUCUCGGCCAACUGGGACAAAGCGGCAUGGGCAUGGGUGGUUUCGGGCAAUUAGGUCAACAAAGCCCCAGUACUCUUGGCAACUUGGGCCUUGGCAAUUCUGGUCUGUCGAUCAGUAGUCCUUCCCAGACGGUCUAUCAAACGAGUUACGGAUUAAAUUCUCUCGGAGGCGUACACGUGUCGGCGUCGCGGGGUUCACCACCAGGAGGAUCGUCGGUUGGCGGAGGUCAAGGAGGUGGUUUGAGCUCGGCGUUAAAUUGCGCGCAGGGUUCGCCAGGUUCGAGUUCAGGUGGCGGAGGUGCCGCAGCGGCUGCGGCGGCGGCGGCGGCGGCGGCAGCAGCGGCGGCAGGAGGAGGUGGAGGUGGGGUAUCCUGCGUCGGUGCCGAAGUUAAUGCGGAUGAGGCGUCGGGAUGGAGAGGUGCUCACAGUAUCGUUGCGCUUAGGCGUCGUGCUACGGACACCACGCAGCAAUAUAGCCCGCAACCGCAUCCACCGCCAUCGGGUCCUUUACAGUACGCCCAUGGUAUGGAAUAUAGCUCUGCGUACUGAAAUCCAACAACCAUUCGAAAUUUCCCGCUCAUCGGCGGCCAUUUUGGUUAAGAGAAGGACGGGCUAUACGUGACGUUCGCGCGAACAACCAAAGUGACGUUUGCGAUUCCUCGACGACGAUUCUCCAUGAAUGUAAUUAAUUAAUUAAUUAAUUAAUUAAUUAAUUAAUUAAUCAAUCAAUCAGUCAAUUAAUUAAUUGAU